AUGGCGCGAAGGAGCGGCCGGAGCGGGAGGGCGGCCGCCGCGGGCCCGUUCCAGGAGAGCGACGAGGACGAGGACUUCGCCGCGCCGCCGAAGAGGGCCCGGCCCGCCGGGAGGAGAGUUCCUCUGGAUGAGAAAGUUUUCCAAAGAGACUUGGAAGUUACCUUAGCCCUGUCACUGAACGAAUAUGUGGGAAACAAAGAUAAGACACAGGAAAAAGAUCGCCUUGCUGAACCAAAGGCAGCCGCUCAAGAUUUCAAACAGGAAGUUGUGAUAUCCACACCGGAGACGGACAACGUUGAAAACCUCCGGGCCAAUCAGGAAAACUCUCAGCCACAUUUGGAAAUUGAAUUCAGUCCUUCGGAAUCCGUUGGGAAGCCUUUGAAGACCUCAAGCCCUUCAGUGGGCAAGAAGCCCAGCUGGACACCCCCAGGUGCAUCUGGAAGCAAGACCACCUUGUUGGGAAGAGCUCCGGUUAAGUCACCGGUUCAGGGUCUCCGGCUCGGCCUCUCCAGACAUGCCAAAGUGAAGCCCCUGCACCCAUCUUGUGCCGGGACCUAAGAGUGCUUAGGCUGGCACGAGAAGGCUGCAGAUUGAGGUGGGAACGGAGGAAAGAUCUUGUUUUUAAAA